GUGGAGACCACUUUGAAAUUUCUCACGAUUGAUUCAUAUUUCUCACUGAGGACGAUUUCUUAAUAACCUAAAUUCAAGCAAGAUAAUCUUUCGACAGAAUUCCUUCACAAUUCAACUGCGACAUACCACAACGGUCCAGAAAAACCAUCCUUUCUUUAUCAUACUACAAAGCAUCACCGACUUAAUAUCUACCACAACAUAAAGCACUUCUAGUACAACCACAAGCCGCCGUUGAUCUGACGCGAUCUGUUACUACGUUUAUCACGAUUUCUUGCCAAUUCUUUUCGCUGGCAAAGGUAAAAUUUCUCACCCAGAGUGAGAACAAGCCUUAUCAUUACACCUGAAGAUAAACUAUCACCAAAGUAGCCAAUAUGGACAUUUCAGUCAACCGAGUUCAUGUCUUGGUCCAUCAGUUCCGCGACAAGGUCCGAGGAAUGGCUACACUACAGCGCCGUAUCUACUGCGAUAUGGACGUAUUCAUUGACGAAGGAGGUGACGUCAGAAGCAAGUUCGAGGAAACCCGACAGGGAUAUCUGAAUCUCCUAGGUCUCUCGGUUGCGGAGCUACGUCAAAUCAUGAGCACCUCCGAGUUAGCUAUUCCAACCACAGACUUCGACGUUGAGGAUAUCAUGAAGAGGGUCAGACCUGUUACGGAAAGAUACCUCCGCAGACUUGUCAAUGGUGGUGUGAUCACCGAGAACGACAUGGAAUGCAUUCUUGUCGGAGGAUAUAGCUAUGUCGAGGACUUCUUCCAUGACAUGGACAACAACGUAGGGAUGUUCGGCCUGAAAGAGAGCAUCGCUUCAUCUGAAGAUGUUUCAGGUCAAGGAUCAGAUGUCGCCCAAUCAGAUGGAUACGACGAAAACGGGUUCUUCGUGGUGGAUGAACUAAAUGCCAACAAGGAAGCCAACGAGACAAGCAACUCGACAACGGUACAGCCCGAAGCUAGCACCAUUACUCCCCCCGUCGUCCUGCUACCUCCUAGCGAGCCAUUCUCUUGGGCUGAAGAUGUCGAGCAGGAGCUUGAAUCGAUGGAGCCUGUCAAGGCAUUAGAUCGAGAUUCACUCGCAGUCGCGCCGUUGCCCACGGAGGAGGAGCGUUCGCCGGUGGACGCGUCAUUCCCCUCGGACUCAUCAGACACAAGUUCGGACGUAAGCUCCGACUUCGAUUUCGACAUCUCCCUGCCGGAACUCAUCGACAGCAGCUUGACCGAACCCCAGAGCAUCGAUCCCGAGUCGGAGAAGAAGGAUGACGCCGAACCGGCAGCAGAGGAGUCAGAUUCCAAGAUGCCCCCCCUCGACAUGUCAGAGAAGACCGAACAGCCCAUUAAGGCUGAUUUCCCGACCUAUCGCUCGCUUAGCAAACAGACGGACGGCGACGAGAUUCUGGACGAGUGGUUGGAGGAACAGGAGAUGUGGUUCUGGCAAUACGAGGCUCUCUUCCUCAUGACGCUGGCCGCCCAGCGCUACAAGCGAACCUUCGAGGAAGCUCGAGGCGCGUACAAGGCAGACCCCUUCAACGACGAUUAAGAACGAAGACAAUUAGACGGUCACUUUGCAUAGCAAGCCGGAGUCAAAUCAUUGAUGUUAGCAAUUCGCUUCUCCUGUAUCUAUUGUUAGCAUCUGUAAAUAUGGGAAGUGUGGAAAAACUCUAGAAUGGUUGGGGUAUAUCCAUUUAGCAUACGGUUGCGUUAGAGGGCUUCAUACACUUGCUCGAUAGUCAUUAUAAUCAAGACAAA